ACUUAAUGUAAUGUUGAAUACGAAAACAACGAAGUAGCUUUUUUCCUGUUGCUAAUCAAAACAAGAUGGUGGGAAAAGCAAGUGCGUUGGAAGUUAAAACGUUUUAAGAAAAUAAAUUUGUCAAUCGUCUAUAAGGAGAAAAAAGCACAUCAUGGGUAAAAAGAAAGGAAAAAAGGGAGGAGGGAAGAAAGGAAAAAAAGGAGGAAAGAAGAGCAAAGAACCUCAGAUGACAGCUAAGGAGGCGAUAUUAGGCUAUCAAAUUGGAAUCAUAGAAAAGAAACUGGAAGAUGUAAUGUAUGAAACAAGAGGAUGGGAAGAGAAAAACAAGAAGCUCACAGACCGGAAUACUACCUUACUUGAUGAGCAAGAAGUCUUGAUAAAACAUUUAUUGGAACAAGCAAAAAUCGCAGACCAGUACUUUUCAGAGGAGGAAAUCAAGCGCAGAGAAGAUGUAAUUUUGUGCAUGAAAGACAAGUGGGAUAGACAGAGAGAGCUAGAAAGAGAGAUAGAAGGGGUAAAGAAACAGAUUGCUUCAGUUGAGGAGGAAAUAAGACUUGUUCAGAAAGAAGUGGAUUACUGCAAGAAUUACCGCGAUGUGGAGCAACACAAAAACAAGAAAAGGAUAAACCUUCUAGAAGCUGACAUUGAAGAUAUGGAAGCAAGUUUUCAGGAAAUGAAAACUCAUUUAGAGAGGUCAAACGAGAGGUCAAAGAAUGAGAUUUCCUCCAGGACAGAGAACAUGUUGGAUAAACAGAAAGAUCUUGCCACUCAGAAAGCCAUAUCAAAACUAGAUAAAUACAGUCAGAGGGAGGUAUUGGAUAAUGAGUGGCUGACGAGAGAGGUGAAUUUGCAUAGAAAAGACACAGAGGCCCUCAGAGAAAAAGUUGAAGGAUUAGAGAAAGGAAAUCUGGAAAUCAUGGCUGAAUUGUUUGAAUGUAAAAUAGAGGACCUUAAAAUUUCAAGAAAAUUCUUCUUGACACAGUUUGAAGAAAAUGAGAAUUUGGAGGAGACGGGGGUUCUAGAGAUGGACCUGGGAAACCUGUCAAUCAACGAUAGGACCGCCUCCAAACAGAUGGUUCUUUAUGACAGUGGUGACGGUGAUGGGGCGGUCUAUAAACCUGUUGUGCGACCUAAAAGUGCCACCCAGAGGGCAGUGGAAGAGAAGGUGUUUUCUUUAGCGAGGGGUAUGACAGUGGAAUCUGAUGAAGACAGUGACAAUGUGAGCGAUGACACUGAAUUACUCGAUAAUAUGUUUUUUGAAGAAGAAGACUGGAAUGACUAUUUACAACUCGGAAAAGUGGAGUUAAAACUUCUGAACGUUACUGGACAGCAAAUGCCAAUUCAUGUUCCGAUCCAACCCUCAGAGGCGGAAAUCCAGGCCAAACAGUGUAAUCCGGAUACCUGGCCGGUCACUCAACCCAUGCUCAAGCAGGCCGCGAGCUCCUGAGUCAGAGAUCUCCUAAUAUUGAGACUCAUGAUAAUAUCCAGCCAUGUGUUUUUGGCUUAUAUAUAAAUACAUGCAAUGGGACAACUGCAUUCACCAUAAUUAUGAAUUUGUGAUGUGAACUUCUUUUUAAAAAGAAUUUUGAUGUGCUAUGGCUAUAUAUGUCAUCCAUUUUUUCUGAUCUUCGGAUGAUUUGACAAAUACAUGUAUAAUCUUCUUGAUGAAAGAGUUAAAAAAAACAAUUUCUACUUCAAUUCUGCAGAUAUUUUUUUUAUGUGCAGUGUACAGAUGUGACAUAUAUUGACUGAAGCAUAAUGGACUCGAGACUUCUGUUUGUGUAAUACUAAGAUUGUGAAUACAAUUGUGUGUAUCAAGCUGUUAUACAUUGUUAUCUAAUAAAGAAUAUCAUAAACAG